ACUGUCGAGUCUGUUUGCUGCAGUAUCUCACCCUGGCGAACGCAUUUAUAUAAUCCUCAACAGUGUUAAGAUGGACAUGAAGGAAAUGGUUAUUGAAGUGAAUGGACUUCCAGACAACUACUCCGGUAAUAAAAUGAUUGACAAAUUAACCAUGCACUUUCUGAGGCCAAGUAACAAUGGCGGAGAGGUUUUAAUAGUGAUUUAUCCCACCUCCAACAAAGGCCAGGCUUAUGUUGUUUUUGAAGAAGAAGAAGUACCAGGGGUCUUGGAACAUAAUCAUGUUUUGGAACUGGAUAGUCAGUUUUACCCACUGGAUGUUAAAAAGAUGCAUCAGCCUAAAUUGGACACGCCAGCUGAAGCAUUCCUCAAUGUGAAGAUGUUCUCCAGUCAGAGAAAGAUCCGAGACAUUCUUCAUAGCAACGGCUUUCAGGUGUCAGAGACCAGCCUGGGACAGCUGCAUUUGCAGGGAACCUUUCUUAACUUAAAACGCAUCCAUCCCAAACUCAUGCAUCUUCUGGCUCAAGAAAUCCACCCUCAAAGAAGAACACCUUCGCAAUACUCUAAUGGCUACUCGUCUGACUCUGUCUUAAGAGCUGGCUCCAGUGAUUAUGAAUCUAGAUCUCAUUCCACAUCGAGGCACAGUCACAACAAUGGCCACUCAGUGUAUGCUGCGGGCAGAAACCCAUCUUCUGGAAUAAACUCAAGAUCCCCAGAGUCCCCAAACAGGCAGGCACUCAUGCAAGCUGCCUCUCCACUGGAUGUUAGUUCAAGCGCAGAAAGUUCCUUCAGCAGUCCCACCGGGAGCUAUGAGGAUUCCAGCACGAGCAUUCGGCAGCGGAAUCUCUCAUCUCCCAAACGGAAAACGGAGGAUUCCUUUCAUGUGGAACCAGAUGUGUUUAAAUACGUAAUGCACUUUAAGGAAUCGUUUAUUGAAAAAAUACAAUCAGAUUACCACACUAAGAUUAAUCAUGAAGAUGAUUCAGGGGUUGUUAAGGUUAAAGUCUUGGGAGGAGCCUGUGAGGAAGCAGCUAAAAAAAUGUCUAAAUUCAUGCACGAGAUGAGAUCAUCUCUAUGUACGCAUGAAAUAGACCUGAAAAAACUUGACUCCAGUCAGCAGAGACACAUUUUCCAGAACGCUUACUCGUUCCAAAGGAUCUACAAUGUUUUAAUUAGGCAGGAAAGUGACAUUAUUAAAGUGGUGGGGUCUUCUAAAGACAGUUAUGAAGCGAAGGAAAAGCUUCUUGGACAGGAGGUUGAUAAUGCUCCGCCAGGACACUUUACAAAGAACAAUCUGCGACGCAGCAGGUCCUUGCCAAGACCAAAAACAAGGGCCAGAGAGGAGAACACAGACUUAGGGCAAAGUCCUGAUGCCGUGGACACUACUACUGUUAGUAGCUCCUCUGCCUCACAUUCCCGAACGGAGUCUCAGUUGCAGCAAGUAGUACAACAGGAAAGAGGUCGCAAGCCCACUAAAUCCUCUACACCACGUAUCAGGGCACACAGCGCCUCUCGGUUACAACACAAAAAUCAAAGCAGAGCAAACCAAGAAGCAUCAAGUUCUGAUCAGCAGGAUUUGACACCCUCUCAAGAAGUUCAGACAUCUAGACAAAAACUCCCUAAAAUAAUACCUCCUCUUUUUUCAGCUUCUGUUGAUAAAUUUUUAAAAAAUACAAAGUCACGCUUAAAAAAAUGACUGAAUCCAGUACAUCAAUAAUUUAGCUUAUGGCACAGACUGAUCACAUCAAGUUAUCAUCCACUGUAAAACACAGAACUUAAAUAAAAUUGGUCAGAGACCUUGCGAUUACCUCUACUUUAAGAAAGGGACGAGACUCUAUGCUGACAAUGCUAUUUGCCUAAACCGGGCUGGUUCAGGUGUUUAGGGUUGGAGCUAAACUCUGGCCCUCCAGGAACAGGUUUGGACACCCCUGGCCUAAACACAUCUAUUUCAUUUGUACUCACUCUUGAGCACUUUGCAACAAUCAUUGUGAAUGCUUUGCAGUUUUUGUCUCAUAUGACGAAGAACUUAUUUUAGCUGUUGUUCACCUGUCUGAUAUAUUUUUCAGUAUUUGCACUCCACUCGAUGUUCAGUCUUUUCCUGCACUGCUGAUUUGUCAAGACUCUCGGUCAUUACCAUGGAGACUCGAUGAGGAAGUGUCUUUUUCUGCAUUCUACAGGAAGUGAGGCAGGCCCUGUGGUUGAUUUAGGGGCUGAGCCCCUCCCUGUUAGAAAAAAUGAAACAAGAACCCAGGCUUUUGUGUUAAAAAUGAUAGAAUGUGAGAAAUACACUAAUGAGUGCUUUUGUUUUUCCUGUAGAUUUA